CAGUUUUUCAUCACUAACAACUUUGGAAUCGACAAUGCCGGAACAAUCAAUUUACAACUUCAAAUACGACCCAUCAGUCGCUGAAUUCGCCAUAUCUAAGUCUGCGUACCUGGAAGCUCACCCAAGAGAACCCUUCGAUCUCAUCGCUACAAGUGCACUUGUUGUGCACAAGAGCACUACUUCAGAGCCCCGCGUUCUAAUCCUGCAGCGCGCUGCCAGCGACUCAAAUCCCAACAAAUGGGAGCCCCCAGGCGGAGCUGUUGACGAUGAUGAUGUGAGCAUUCUACAUGCUGCUGCGCGUGAACUUUGGGAGGAGGCAGGUCUGCGCGCUGCUCGGAUCAGUGGACCAAUUGGAGAGCCUCACUUCUUUGCUCGAAGCAAUGGUGACAGAGUUUGCCGAUUCAACUUUGUUGUGCAUGUUGCCAGUCAAGGGAGCGAUGUUCCUAUCACAAAACUGGAUUACAAAGAGCACCAGAAGGAGGUUUGGGCGACUGAAAGUGAGAUUCAUGCGGGGAGGACUCGGGAUAUAGAAUUGGAAUUCGUGAACGAAGAGGUCAAGCGCACCAUCCUCCUGGCCUACGACUAUCCGCGUACCACUUGAAUGUGGUAUCCGAAGCGCGGAUGUGAAAUCUGAUACUCUAGAGGGAAGGACCCCGUAGUGGAUGGAAGGGUAUACAUUUCACGCAAUACGUUUCAGGGUAGCAUCAGGGUGCAGAGCAUGUUUACAAUCAAAGAAUGCCAUUCGAACAUGUGAAACUUGGGUUGAAGAAUAGCAAUGUCAUAUAUGUUCAUCGUCAUUA